AUGGUCAAGAACGGCACCAAAUCUGGCCGAGCGCGCUUCCGCUGUGCCAAGGGUCGUGAGUACAAACCUCAGGCCAAUCCCGAGACCCACGAAUCCAAGCGCCGCAAGACCAGCACGCAGUUUACUGGCUGCAAGUUCCAGCUCGCCGCCCGGCCUCUCCCUGACGGCAGAUGGGCUGUGAAGCUUCCUGACGGCCCAGCAGCGUUGCACAACCACGGCUGGAGCGACCCCACUGCCUUUGCUGGCGCCAGAGCUGAUGCCCUCGCUCCCUUCGAACAGGAGGUCAUCAAACUCUCGAACAGCGGCUCCCGACCUGCACAGAUACUGGCUGCCAUCCAAGCCGAACAACGGGGUAUUCACGGCCAGGAUAUCAUCAACCUACUUCAACGCCACCGUCGCGCCGAGCUUCGGGGCCGUUCUCCGCUGCAGUGUCUGUACGAGGACUACCUUAAGCCCGAGGCCAGCAAAUUUGUAUGGGAGGAUACGCGUGACAGUCUUGGCCACGUCAUAUCCCUGACAAUCGCUCCUAAGAGCGGUCUCCAGCUGCUUAAGCAAAACCCUGACCUCCUGCUUUUGGAUUCAACCUACAAGACCAACCACCAUAAUAUGCCCCUUUUCAACGCCUGCGGGGUCACCUCUGGCAACAAGACCUUUAACUGGGCUGUCACAUUCAUGAGCGGCGAGAAGGAGGGCGAUUAUAGCUGCGCUUUGGCGGCCCUGAUCCGAAUCCUUCAGAACGAGGGCAUCAAAGUGCCUGGUCUAAUUGUAACAGAUCGCGAGCUCGCCCUGCUUAACGCCCUAAACAACAGCGCUUGGGUGUCGAUUCCGCAUUUGCUAUGCCGAUGGCAUGUUAACAUGAAUGUGCUUGCCAAGGCACGCCGCCACUUUCCAGCAGCUACAAAGCACGGUAGCCAAUAUCGCCGCCAUCCGACCUUUAAGGCAUUCCUGAAAGAAUGGAAUGCUCUCCUUGCUUCCGUUACAAAGGAUGACUUCAACAAGAACCUGGCCAAGUUCAGAACACCGGGCCGGCAUCUAGAUGCAGCUGUAGAUUACGCUGUAGCAACAUGGAUCGAGCCUUGGAAGGAGAAGUUGGUCACGUUUUGGGUUAACCAAGUACCACACAUGGGCCACACCACUACUCAAGCAGUGGAAUCCUCCCAUGCUGCGAUCAAGAAAUACCUUGUUUCUUCUAGGGCCGACCUCAAGAGCGCCACUUACGGGCUCCCUUGUCGGCAUAUUCUAUACCGACAUCUGACUGGCGACGAGCCAGUGACCAUACAGCAGAUUCACAAGCAUUGGUGGUUGUGGCGGCCGCAGGAACAACAGCAUGUUGGCGAUGAUGACAGUAGAAAUCCCAAUGUUGAAGUGGUUGGGAUUAUGCCGAUGCCAGACAUCCCGUUGGAUCCUCGUCAGGUGAAGGGCAAGGGCCGCCCUGUUGGGGCAAUUGCCACUACCUCUGCUGCUUCCAGGAAGAAGGGCGCUGGCGUCAACAGCACCAAGCGGCUGCCGUCAGCAUUCGAAUACAACAUCGAAGACGAACUAACCACGGCAGUACCGGCGCCGAAGCAGCAGCAGCAGCAGCAGCAACAGGCCGGCGCGGCCUCAACGAAGCGAUUCGGGCCAGCGCCGCCGCCGCCAUUAACAGCGCCAGCAGCAUUGGGAUUAGGGCAGGGGCGAGCUAUUGAGGGCAGCAGCAGGAUAGAGCAAGUUCAGCAGGGACUUCGGGGUCGGCGCCGUGAUGCCGAGUGGAGCGCCCAAACGCAGACUUCCGUUGAGGACCGCAUUGAGGACUGUAUUGUGGUCGCCAUGACCUCGGUCAAAGGCGCCACAGCCAAUUCCAUGGUUACAAGUACAAAACUCGGUCUGCAGCACCUGCGCCAGGUUGGGAGAGACUCGUACGAACCCGGCACAGCGGCACCGCGGGCCUCCGGUCGAUUCAUCGAUGGCCUAGAUGCCCUGGAUCCCGACAUUGAAGAUGACCAUGAUCGGGCGCUAGCGGCAGCCGAAGUAGCUGCCCGCGAGGAUCAGGAAGAUGCUGUUGCUUUGGGGAAUUAG